AACAAAAUGACAGACCUUUUGUGAUCUGGAAGGAAAGGUUCAGAAACGCACAGUGGUAGUGGUUCAAAGUCAGGUUUGACUUGUGUUUUCCUGGUAUUUCUUUAUCUACAACAAGAUGGGUUUAACCUCAAUGGAAGACUGCAGCUCUCCAGUUGUCAGGGACCUGAGGAUUGUCCUGCUGGGGAAGACUGGAUCAGGAAAGAGUGCAACAGGGAACACCAUCCUGGGAAGAACAGCUUUCACCUCAGAGAUUUCUCCUUCUUCUGUGACAAAGACAUGUGAGAAAGAAAGCGGCCACUAUGAUGAAAGAACUGUGAGUGUGGUCGACACCCCGGGAGUCUUUGACACGGCGCUUAAAGAAGACCAGUGGAAAAGAGAAAUAGAGAACUGUAUCACGCUGUCUGACCCAGGACCCCAUAUAUUCCUGCUAGUGAUCAGACUGGAUGUACGCUUUACUGAAGAGGAGAAGAAUGCCAUCAAGUGGAUCAAAGACAACUUUGGUGAGGAAGUCUCCAAUUACACUCUGGUGCUCUUCACUAGGGGAGACAUGCUCAAGGAGGAGUCCAUUGAAGAUCAUUUAGACCAAGAUCCUGAACUCAGGGAGUUAAUCAGGAGCUAUACAGGAAGGUACACUGUGUUUGACAACACUUGCAUGGGAAAUCGCACUCAGGUGGCUGAUCUGUUUGAAAAGAUAGACGAGAUAGUGCGCUUAAAUGGUGACCAUUACACCAGAGGCAUGUACGAAGAGGCCCAGAGAAAGAAGAGUUUGAAGGAACGGUGGAGCAGAUGCGCAGGCUAUAUGAACACUGUGGGUACUCAGUUGGCUUUGGCAGCAGUAGUGACAGCUGGCCCUCUAGCUGGUGCUGCUAUAGUGGCAGAAGAAGCAGCAGCAGCAGCAACUUUAGCCAUGAGAUCGGCUAUACUCCUCACCGGUGCAGGGAUUUCGUUAGCCGCCAGGAGGUGGAUGAAACCUAAAGCAGACAGUUGAGUCAUGUCAAGCCAUGAUCAUUUAAGAAAACUAGCGAGGUCAUUCCAUCGAUUGCCUUCUUUGAUACAUGAAAUUCAUAUUUGACUUUUCUUUUGGCAAAACUGUAUUGCAUUCCGUCAUUUAAAUAAUGUACAUGCAUACUAAUCAGUCACAGCCUGCUUCAAACCGUAAAUGAAGCUUUUAUGACCAAUCUUUUAAUGUUGAUGCUAUGCGCUCUAAUCCUGAAUAUCAUUCCGUGUGGAGAACACUAUUGUAAUUGUGCUGUUUGUAAAGAAAGAAUAAAAUAUAACAAUGUGACAAGA